CUUUCCUCUGAGAGGAGCUAACAGCUUCUCCUUCAUUCUUCCUCAACGGACUGGAGCAAUGAACGAUAGUCCCUUGCAAGUGCUGACUUUGCCUACUUCUCCGUACCCUGACCAGAGGCCUGGAACCAACGGCCUGAGGAAGAAGACCCAUGUUUUCCAGUCUGAAAAGUACUACCUGCACAACUUCAUUCAAUGCAUCUUCUCCUCCAUCGACCUGCGGGACAGGCAGGGCUCCACUAUGGUGGUGGGUGGAGAUGGACGCUACUUCAAUUCGACUGCCAUUCAGGUCAUAGUGCAGAUGGCUGCCGCUAAUGGGGUGGGUCAUGUUGUGAUCGGUCAGAAUGGCAUCAUGUCGACACCCGCUGUGUCGUGUGUCAUCAGGAAGAUCAAAGCUAUCGGUGGCAUUAUUCUCACAGCCAGUCACAACCCUGGAGGACCUGACGGAGACUUCGGCAUCAAAUUCAAUACUGCCAGUGGAGGUCCAGCACCAGAGGCUGUCACAAAUAAAAUCUUCCAGUUGAGCAGAACCAUAGAGGAGCUUGCCAUCUGUCCUGAACUCAGAGUCGAUCUGGGGACUAUCGGCAAGCAGUCCUUCGACCUGGAGAACAAAUUCAAACCUUUUACAGUGGAAAUUGUGGAUCCAGUCGAAUCCUAUGCCAACUCACUGAGGAACAUCUUCGAUUUCGCUGUUCUAAAGGAGCUUCUGUCCGGAGACAACCACAUACAAAUCUGUUUAGAUGCCAGGCAUGGAGCGACUGGGCCGUAUGUGAAGAAGAUCCUGUGUGAGGAGCUGGGCUCCCCUGCAAAUUCAGCCAUCAACUGUGUACCUCUGGAGGACUUUGGAGGUGGCCACCCAGACCCCAACUUGACCUAUGCCACUGACCUUGUUGAGACGAUGAAGAGCGGACAGUAUGACUUCGGAGCUGCUUUUGAUGGUGAUGGUGAGCGUAAUAUGAUCCUGGGGAAGCACGGCUUCUUCGUAAACCCCUCCGACUCAGUUGCCGUCAUUGCUGCGAACAUCUUCUGCAUUCCUUACUUCCAGCACACAGGAGUAAGAGGCUUUGCUAGGAGUAUGCCCACCAAGUGCCGCUCUGGACAUGUGAAUAUUACUCCUAAAUGUUUCACACUGUGUAGAUGUGCACUUAACAGGACAAGCAGCAUCUCCACUCACUCUGCUGUUUUAUCCAGGGUGGCCAGAGCCACCAAGAUCCAGCUGUAUGAGACCCCAGCCGGGUGGAGGUAUUUUGGGAGCUUGAUGGACGCAGGUCGUCUCUCGCUGUGUGGGGAGGAAAGUUUUGGCACAGGUUCUGAUUAUAUUCGAGAGAAGGAUGGGCUCUGGGCAGUGCUAGCAUGGAUGUCCAUCCUAGCAGCGAGGAGGCAAAGUGUAGAAGACAUUAUGACAGACCACUGGAGAACCUACGGAAGGAACUACUACACUAGAUUUGACUAUGAGGAAGUGGAUUUAGAUGCGGCUGUGGAGAUGAUGCUGGAUCUGGAGCUGAUGAUUUCAGACAGGGCAUUCAUUGGGCAAGUGUUUACUGUGGGGGAAAAGAAAUACCAAGUGGAGGCGGCAGACAAUUUUGAGUACAGUGACCCUGUGGAUGGAACCAUUUCACGAAACCAGGGUUUGCGGAUCGUUUUUAAAGGAGGUUCUCGCAUAAUCUUUCGUCUCAGUGGGAGCGAUAGCUUCGGAGCCACAGUUCGUCUGUAUAUCGACAGUUAUGAGAAAGAUAUAAACAAGCUCUUUCAGGACCCACAGUGCUGGAUAGUAACUGAUUACAUGUAA